AUGAGGAAUACACGGAAGGAAAUACUAUUUGUUCUUUUUUUGGUUUUCCCAUGGGAUGGUCCGCUGCAUCCAUCCGGAAUGUGCUCUCGUUCUUCAGGUCCUUGAACAAGAAGCGGAAUGUUUCAAUAAGAUAAAAAAAGAAAAUCAGACAUUUCUGAAUUCAUCAAAUGGAGGGUGUCCACUGAGUGGGAUGGUGUCAACUGCUGGAAUGCGGCCACGGUGGGACAGACGGUGACUGUACACUGUCCGGAGAGUCUUCAGAUGUUUCUUAAGACAGAAGUUGACAUCAGCAGGAACUGUACUAAUAAUGGCUGGAGCCUUCACUCUCCUCCAUAUCUUAAAGCCUGCUUCUUUAACAGCAGUAUUGAGACUGAUGACAAGAGAGGACAUUUCUACACAGUGAAGAUCCUGUACACCUGUGGAUAUGCUGCUUCCCUGCUGGCGCUGGUUAGUGCCAUCAGCAUCUUCUCCCUCUUUAGGAAACUCCACUGUCCCAGAAAUUUCAUCCAUAUGAACUUAUUUGUGUCCUUUAUCAUACGUGGUGCGGCAGUGUUUGUCAAGGAUGCCAUUCUCUUCACUGAUGAGGAUGUUGAUCAUUGCACCAUGUCUACGGUGGGCUGUAAGGUGGCCAUGGCGUUUUUCCAGUACUCCGUCUUAGCUAAUUUCUCCUGGCUUCUGGUGGAGGGGAUGUAUUUGCACACUCUACUCACGCUCACCUUCACCUCCCAAAGAAGAUAUUUUUGGUGGUACAUUGUUAUUGGCUGGGGUCUGCCAGCUCUUACAAUUACAGUGUGGAUCAAAACCAGGAUCAGCUUUGAUGAUACCGGAUGCUGGGAUGAUUAUGAAAAUAAUUACUGGUGGAUAAUCAAGACUCCAAUUCUGAUGGCGAUAUUUCUCAAUUUCAUCAUAUUCCUCAAUGUGAUCAGAAUCCUCAUGCAGAAGAUCAGAUCUCCUGACAUCAGUAAAAACUACAAGCAGCAGUACAUGAGACUAGCUAAAUCAACUCUACUCCUUAUCCCAUUGUUUGGAAUUCAUUAUGUUGUCUUCGCUUUGUUUCCUGAACAUAUUGGAGUUUGGGCCAGGUUGUACUUUGAACUUGUCCUGGGUUCCACCAGGGAUUCAUUGUGGCUUUGCUGUAUUGCUUUCUUAAUGGAGAUGUUCAAGCUGAGAUCCAACGGCACUGGGGCAAGUGGCAAAGUUCACUGGAAAGCAAUGUGUUCAACCUGGUGACUCAGGACUUUACAGCAUGA